AUGCGGGGGGUAGUUAAUAAUGUGAAGUACCGUUUGCCGUUCUGGAACCACCCACCUAUUCAUCUAGACACCGCCCAUUCAACCUCGUCUACCACCCAUUCCAUAGCAACCUAUUCAUUUGUGUGUCGUGUCGUCGAGGAGGAUGGUGCAGCGAUAGCGUUGGUGGUUCUUGACGACAUUAGUGUCUUCCUUCUGCUUCCUGCAUUGUGUGUUGUGAUGAAAUUCUGUGGUCGAAUUCAGAUUCGACCAGCAAAGACUCAUCGCUAUCUUAAUUGGGCCUCCUCCUUUUCCCCACAUAUAAAUUUCAGGAUACCUAUAAAUGUAAGGUAA